AUGGAACUAGCAUCAAGAAGACCAAGACCAUCAUCAUCUACUGCCUUCCUUUAUGCGCGUCUCUUUGCAACGAUGUGUUCCCCCUCCCAGAGAUCUACCGCUGCCAUCACAGACCACUUUAAUGGCCGAGCCUAUCCUGAUCGUCAUCGAGGUCGGAGGCCAACCUCGAUAUUAUCCGUCGAAGAUCCAUUAGACACUCUAGGAUUGAGAGACCUGCAACGUCCAGCUAUUGCAGAUCCGAACUUCUCAAGCGUCACACAAAUCAAUCAGCAAAUAAAAGCGAUUGAGACCAUCACCACUUUUCCUGUCUGUGAGAGACUCGCGAUUGUUUCAGACAUCGCUUCGACUCUGCCCUCCCUUCAUGGAUUACUCAAGAGCAAUCAUACUUCUAGACCUCUUGUGGCAAAAACUCGCAAGCUAAUUGCACUCCUCAACGCCGUCACGGUUGUCGAGAAAGAUAAUCUCAAGCAAACUCUUUCCCACCUUUCACAAAUCCGGUUGCCAGAAGGCUUAACACGUCAGGAAUUUGCGGACUAUGUGAAUGUGCUUGACGAUUUCAUCUAUUUGAUUAGGCCACUCGCAAAAACAGUGGACUUGUAUGAUACAUGGCAAGAUGCUGUUGUAUCAGUCCUCCAGCAGUAUUUUCGAAUUUUGCCUGAUACUGGUACCGGAGAAACUCCUGUGAACGCGGAUUUUCAUCAUCUCCGCCCUUGGGAUCCAUGGGUUGAGGAGAAACCAUUUCAGCCAGUGACACCUCUAAAAACAACCGAAUCGUCCAUAAACACAAUCCUCCCUGUUCCGUUGUUAGGAGAGCUGUCUCCGAUAGAUGACAACAUGGAUGAGGAUUUGGCAUUGGAGAUUUUGCAAGGCAUUAUGGUCUACCUUUCUGAGUGGGUACGCCUAGAUCCAGCCCUCUAUCGUAUGGAUGCUGCGAUUUGGUUCAAGAGUUUCACCGUUGCCGUUGAUACCAUGAAAGCACUACAUUCUGUUAAUGGCAGGAUACUCUCGUCGGAUCAUGUGCAGGAAUCUCUUUCCGCAUGUGUUGAAAAAUGGACAGUAUUCGCUCGUAUUUGGAGAAUUGCCGCCGAAGAUGCAUUGGCAGAAGGGCUGUUUCUGCUCAUGGAGCCUACCCGUACAUCACCCAUAGAACUGCCAGAAGCCAUUUUCAGCCAGAUUAUGAGCCAUGUCCAAGCCAUGUCCUGCCAUCCACUAUCAGAAUUACCGACAACGCUUUUUAGUCACGAAGAUCACGGUGUCAUUGGGUCCAAGUUUUCUAUUAGAGCAAAGAAUUUUUGCAACCUACUUCACCAUCAAUGGCAAACAACGAUGUAUCAAUCAGAAUUGCACCAACUCUGGCUUCUGGUAUGGCGGACUCUCAAGAUGCUGUAUAAGAUCAAGGGGAGAGUGGCGUUCGAUCAGAGUGGGAAUGAGUGUUUGAUUGACAAUGCUUUCUUCGACAAACCUGAAGUUUCUGCGACCUUCAAUCGUUUGCUUAAGACCUCCGACGCUGCAAAUCCAAGAAGCGCCGAAGAUAUGGUUGCUCAAUACUGCCGGUUCAUUACCAAAUGUCGCAACGAUCCUGAUGAUAAGUAUGAUCAUCUCCGCUGCUACAAGGAGACCGAAUUGCAUGCUCACGUCGUCACCUCUCUUCACCAAUUCAUCCAGACGGGACACGCAAACAAGAAUCUGUUGCAGAAGCUGCAUCGUGCCGUCGUACGUCUUAACUUCAUCACCAGAGGUCCAGCCACAAUCAGAAGAUGGACACCAGGUAGAGCUGACCUCGAUUGGUCAAUUGAGCUUUUGGACUUGGUAUCGCCAACGAAAGCCUCUGUCGCAGGGCCAAAUUCACCGACCUUCCCUCCUCCGGAGGACGAUAUUCAUAUGAUUGACGACUUCCCCAGGACUCCAACCAGCAGUGUUGUCCAUCCGAAGGGUAUAAAUGUUAGAAGUGCUUUUGACUAUGUGUAUUGUCCAUUCCCAGAGACCAGAGCACACGAACUCGCCCAGAGCGCGCUUAUUUCCCGUGAAUUGGCAUCAUCGGGGACGUUUUCGGAUGGGCUGAGGAUGGAGGAUUUGAUCAACAUACCGCCCCGCCACGUAAGAGGCCCCUCAAAUCUGUCUCCGCUUCAAUGGUUUGACUUUGUGACGCCGAUGGAAGUCAUUACCGUAAGGAACGUGCAGAGUCGCCUCUGGAGAAAACUACGAGGCUCUCAACCCAGGAAGGGCGGUCGUGAUGUCACCAAACUCCACGCAGAUCGAAUUCGGGUAGGUAAGGCACAUGGCAAGGCCUCUCCAGUGGAAGAGGGAGUACGUUUGAGAGGGGGCGCUGGUUCUGCAAGCCCCUCUGAUAGUCGACCCUCGAGAAUUCCACCUACUUACAGCCCUCGACGGGAAGUCUUGGAGCAAUUCAGAGCCAUAAUCAGAGAUAAAUUCAAUUCUUCGACUCCACCACCAUACUCGGAUGAUGAUCUCUUAUUGUGGCUGAAUCUAGCUAAUUGGAAUAUCGAGAAUGCCCAAUAUCGAUUUACACAGGCUGAGACGGUUGUGGCCUUGACAAUUCCGGAGUAUGAACGUUCUGAACAUGUCUUGAACCAUAAUCCUUUCCUAAACACUGUCUUGGCUUUGCUGGAGGAGAACAACGGGCAGGCGGAUGAGGCAAUCCCGUUCUUUACUAGCCAAGUUGAAGAAUUUCGGGAGAGAGUGAAACUCAAGGAGAACGUGGACCUUAAGUUCGAAGAUGCACUCGAGUUUUUCCGAGAAACCAUACAUCUCGAUGAAGCCUUGGCUCUUAGGGAACGCUAUCACCUCUUCCAAGUCUUCUCGGAGGCAUUUAAAGACUGGAUCAUACCUGGGGAUUCGAUCUCAGAGGGCGAAAUUUCAUCUUUCUUCGAGCAGUACCCAAAUGAUGUUAAGAGAGCUAUAGGGAUCCAUUUAAGAAACAGACGUAUCGAUGCACCGUGUUAUAUAUGCCCAGAGCUCGAUGGAAAAAACCAAAUCCACCACAUCUGUGUGUGCAUAGCCGACAACCCGGAUUUCAUGGUGAAGGCAUACGAAGAUGGACAGGAAUUUUCAGACCCAUCACGCUGUCAUCGAUGCCCGUAUUUUCCGGGUGAGUUCCAUCAUUGUCUAACUCCGCAUCGUCAUUUACCAGAUUUCCAGCGCCGCCCUGAGAGAACAAGACACAAAGACGAUGCUCGCCUGGUUUUAGACACAUUAGACGCGGACGAGUUUGGAGACUUGUUUGCCAAGUUUUACCGGAAGGGGCGCGAUGGUAGAAGGUACUCUGGGAUAGCAUUCCUGCUCGGGCCCAGCGGAUUCGGUGCACCUAGGGUGGAUGAAAGGGAAUGGAGAGCGGGUAUCGGAAAUGUCAUCAACGAAAUCAACAUUCUAACGACAACCCUCCGGAAUUUGUUUGUUCAGCGCUCGUCCACUCACGAGACAAUGCCAAUGGAUGAGAUUUCUGAAUAUGUCCAGAGACGAUCUGACACAGCUCGGAGAUCUACAGAGCAGCUUUGUCAGAGAGCCGCCAUUGAUCUUAAAGCAUCACUUGACAGGCUGAAGAGAAUGUUGUCGAAUAAACAAGCCGACAUGGUAUGGUUCGCGAUACUCAGCUGGAGGCAUGAGCUAGGACGUUUUAUUCGAACAGUGAACGAACUUCGAUCCCUUUGGCUCGACCUAGUGAUACACAAUGAUUUCGAUGAGCAGGAUGCCCCUGGAAUGAAGCCGGGCCAACCUCCACCAUCGGACAGUGACUUGAGCCAAGCAGACGAUGACAGCGACGAUCAUCAGUCUGGCCAAGGGAGUAGCCCAAUGCGCAGACGUCCUCGUGGUACGAAUCGUGAUCCUUCCUUUUCUCACGACGAGCUCCCGCAAGUAGAUCACCAUGGUUUUGAGGAUCGCGACUUUGGCGAAUCUCCUACCAGAUUUCAACCCAGACGCUUGCCCAGCAAAGAAGAGUACAACAAAAUGUAUAUUGACGAACUUCGUCGAGAACUCAUAGUGGAGCGCAAAGUGCCAAGAGAGACCGUCGGCCAAUAUCAGACGAAGGCAGAUCUCAUUGGACUUUUGAUGAGGCUCGAUCUCCGCGGAAACUACGGAUUUGGGCCUCGUCUAGGAUUCCAUGCCAUCAAAGAAUUCACCGACUUCAGCAAGGAUCGGCGUGAUAGUACAUGGGAGGCGAACUGGCCCAACAUCGUGGUAGAGUUUAGGGCCCACCUGAGACGAGAUUUUGAACGUGCUCGUGUGAUUCGAGAGCGGGAGAGAGAGCAAGCGGAACGAAUGAAGCGCCUCCGAAACGAACAUAGAGCCCAGCGUCGUUACACACGACAGGCUGCCCGGCUCGCCCCCGACGAGUCAGAUAUAAGCUCUGAUGAGACUUCCGAAGCUGAUACGGCUCCAAACGUACUAAAGUCCGCUGAUCGUGGUUCGCAAUGGCCAAUAAUCAAGCUCAAUCAUACAUUGAGGAGUAACAGGGCAUCAGGAGCCCAGAAUCAAGGUUCUACUCCUCCUGGUGCUGAACUUAAUGCUAACAUAGAGCCUGUGGAUGGUGGAUUGGAGCAGAGCGUAACAAAGCCGACGGGUGAGCCACCGCGACCUCUCCGGAAAAGACUGAGGCGGAUUGCUGAUCCUCCAACCAUGACGACAGCUAAUGGCAAUCAUCAAGCUGGGGAUGCACCUCCCAGGCCAUCAAGAGGAGGCAUGUUAAGAUCGAUGGCUCCUCAGGAGAUAGACCCAAUAGCACGGGGAGUAGGAAAAAACCCGAGGGCGCCCAAGGCCAAGAAAGCCACACCCCAGAAAUUCCACAUGAAAUUGAGGCCAAGGAAAGGACGAGGGCUGAGAUGA